AUGUGUCAGACGGGCAGCCACUUAUUUGAAUACUUUAUUGAAGAAAAAGACGAAGCUAAUACGAAAAAAUUGGAUCCACUCGCCAGGAACAUUGAGAAGUACAGCCCCGACAUUGUGGCUAUAUCGCACCCCGACAUUGGGAUACUCGGAGCCCCGACGUUGUGGCUAUAUCGUACCAUGACAUUGGGAUACUCGCAGCCCGUCAUUGUGGCUCUAUCGUACCCCGAAAUUGGGAUACUCGCAGCCCCGACAUUGUGGCUAUAUCGUACCCCGACAUUGGGAUACUCGGAGCCCCGACGUUAA